AUGGUCACCGGGAAGUCGCAUCCCGGUGCAGAGCCGAUGCAUCAACUACCGCCCAAAACGUCCCAGCAUGGCUUCGUCACGACCUCCCCGCCAUCGAAACGCGAUUUAGCAUCCUGGUGGAGACAAUUCAAGAGAAAUACUCGAAAGGAUGAGCCGAAAGAAAAACCUCAAGGUAUCUUCGGUAUCCCCCUUAACGUUAGCAUUAAGUACGCCAACGUCGCCAUUUCGCUCACAAACGACAACGGUGAGAGCUUCAUCUACGGCUAUGUACCCAUCGUGGUUGCGAAAUGUGGGGUAUUUUUGAAGGAGAAAGCAACGGAUGUUGAAGGAAUCUUCCGUCUAAGCGGGUCCGCCAAACGUAUCAAGGACCUGCAGGAAGCAUUCGACUCUCCAGAGAGGUAUGGGAAAGGACUAGACUGGACAGGCUACACGGUCCAUGAUGCCGCCAACGUCCUCCGUCGUUACCUGAACCAGCUGCCCGAGCCGAUCGUUCCACUUGAGUUUUAUGAACGCUUCCGCGAGCCGUUACGAGUUUAUCAAAACCAAGUUCAGAACAGCGCGCUCUCGACUGAGCUGGAGGGGUUUGAUCAUGCCAAGGCUGUCGCAUCUUACCAGCAGCUGAUCCGGGAACUGCCUCCGCUGAACAAGCAGUUACUCCUCUAUAUUCUCGAUCUCCUGGCUGUCUUCGCUUCAAAGUCGGAUCAAAAUCGGAUGACAUCGGCAAAUCUCUCUGCAAUUUUCCAACCCGGAUUGAUCUCUCAUCCCCAGCAUGACAUGGCACCGGACGAAUACAAGCUGAGCCAGGAUGUUUUGAUAUUCCUGAUCGAAAACCAAGAUCACUUCCUGUUUGGCAUGAACGGCACCGCUGCUGAUGAACAGACUGUUAAGGAAGUUGAAGGUGGAAUGACUCACCGGGCGACAACCCAUUCCACUAUCAGGCGCUCUGUUUCGAGCGCAAGCGGCGGCGCAGAGAGCUUCCGCAAGUAUGGGGGCCUCCGCAGAAACGUGUCCGUCUCGUCGAAGAAUUCGCGCCACUCCAACAAUGCCCAAAGCCCUGCAACUCCUACAUCCCUGAGCGGGGUAGGCGUUCAUCGGAGCAACACCCUUCCUUCUAAAAUGUCUCCUGUGAUGAGAUACGGUCGGGUCACAGAAGCAACCGGGGUCAACUCUUCAGAGCGAACCUCCGCGCAACAUUCUCGAUCCUCAAGUAUAGCCCCACCUCCCCAGGAGGACAAGGAGGAUCCGCCACCGGCUGUACCGCAACAGCCUCCUGCGCAGGGGGUACAACCUGCAGCUGGCGUUGUGUAUGUCCAUACGUCAACUCAUGGGCCAAUCCCCAAGGUGACAUCAGUUCAACCACCCAUGGCUGAAAUGCCGGUCCAGCCGGAAAAGCAAGCUGAGGCCGAAAAGCCAGCUCAACACGAAAAGCCACACCUACAGGAGAACCUGUCUCCGCCAUCGUCUCCUCCACCAUCUGUGGUUACGCCGACACGUGAACGCAAGAUAUCUAGUAUAUUCUCUAAGUCGCCGCCGUCAAGCGGUGAACAGAAAGAACCACGGCAGCCCAAUCGCCUGAAGAAAAAGCGAAUUCCGGGAAGUGCCAGCGAAAGUGCCCAAAGCUCAUCCCAAUCCCUGCAGGCUGCAACUUCUGAUUCGGCUGUAAAUGUUGGCCAAGGAACCCCAGGAGCUGAUGCCAGUAGUGACGCUGGAGGAGCUACACCUCGGCCCCCAUAUCCUAUAAGCUCGGAAGAUCUUACUUUCGCAAAACAAGAAAGGCCGGCUACCCAAAGUGAGAAUGGGCAGCAACCAUCAACAGUCGACACGUCCCUAAAGCCGCACGGGUCACGAACUCCGUCGAUGAACUCACGUUCAUCCUUCACUGACUUUUCGGAUAUUGAUGCAGCCGACGAGGCUUCCAAAGCGGAGCGCAAAGAGCAUCGUCGAAGUUGGAGAUUUCCUCGUUCAUCUAAGCGCAGCAACGAGCAGAUAGGACUUGGCCUUGCUUCACCGCCCCUUCUAGCAUCGACACCAGGGGCCGACCGCAGUACAAGCUCGAUUGGCAGCUGGCAUCACUCCAGUCGCAGCUCUCCCUCGGAUCUACAGCAGUUUGCUAGCGAUCCAUCAUAUCAGCCACUUAGCUUAGAUGCCGAGGUCAACAACAAUGGCAAGGAUUCCGGCGGCUCGGAGCCUGAGCGGCGAAGUCUCUUCGGGAAAUUUAAGGCUAAGGUAGCACAAGUCCGGGAUGAAGUGAAAAGCUCAUCCGAACGAGAACGGACCAGGAGCCCAGUGCAGUCUGAUCCUGAUAAAUCAGCUCCUAGUCAGACACUGCCCUCUGUUGGUAAAGAUCACAUUAAUCGCCCUGCCCCUAUUGAGGUUGUCAAAGAGCCGGUUCCGCCUCCUAUCAGCUCCCCAAGCUCUCCUUUGCCUGGCUCGGGACUACCCCCGCCGAUUCCCGAGGAGCCUCACACUCCUGAAAGCCCCGUUGCGACGGUGGUUCCAAGGGAUCCAAAGCGAGAAAAUGGGGCGACCGAAGCGGAGACUGCAGGACCCGGCACUCUUCCAACGUUUGAGUCCCACAAGGGAGAUAACGAGACCUCACACUUUCUGGGCAACUAG